AUGCCGAAUAGCGCACAAACAGCUCUCGAAGCUUCAAAUCGCUGUGUUUUCUUGAUUAUCGACCCUGACCUUGACAAUCUAGUCAGCACUGGCAGCUGUCAGCUAACCAGUUGGAACUCAAUUGAGAGACUCCGAACUGGUACCAUGACCAGGAAUUCACCGUGGCUUACUGUCAUGGGGCCAGACUCCCAGACGUCUGCUGUCUCGAGUGUAUCGACGACACCCCAAGUUGACUCUUUUGUCCUCCCACUGGCAGCAGUUGGGAUUCAGGCACAUCCGAAAACCCGUUUUCAUCGAACAUUUCAGAUUUCAGGAGGAGCGGAGUGGUGUGUAGUUAAACGGGUGUGA